AGAGAUUACAGUGUCAUAGGCUGUUGGAUUCUGUCAUUUUUUACAUCUCUCAGUGAUAUUUUAACCAUGAAGUUUACAGACAGAAAUGUGAUUCGGUUUCACCUUCAAGUUCUUUACGGGAUAACUGUGAAGAGCUUUGACAAGAAGAAGGAGAGACUGUUCAUCGGCGGUGCAAAGAUCUUUGGUGUUCCUCUGGAGAAUUUACCCAGGAGAUACAUUCCUGAGUUUGGACUGGUGCCCUGCUUUUUGGUGGAUGCUUGUUCAUUUCUUCUGGAGCGGGCUGCGACUGUAGGCCUGUUCAGAAAACCAGGCUCUCUUCCUCGCAUUAAGACCCUCAGGGCCAAACUGAAUAGUGGAGAGGGGUGUCUGUCCUCAGCCCUCCCCUAUGAUGUGGCAACUCUGAUCAAACAGUUCUGCAGGGAGCUGCCAGAGCCUUUGUUUCCCACUGAGCUCCAUGCGGCUCUGCUCAAAGCCCAGGCGCUGCCCACCCUGCAAGACAAGACUUCAGCCCUUCAGCUGCUGUCCUGUUUGCUACCUGCCAGAAACUCCUCCUGUCUGCAUUAUCUGUUUGACUUCCUCUCCAAAGUCUCCCACAGAUGCACUGAAAACUUGAUGACCAGCUCCAACAUCGCUACAGUCUUUGCUCCGUGUCUUUUACCACCUCCCAACAAGGCGGAGAUGUCUGAAGGGCGACUUGAACUUAGAUUUCUUGUCCUACGCACCUUCAUUGAAAAUCCUCACUUAUUCGGUGUGAUUCCUAAAGGUGUCAUGGACAGUAUGGAAUAUCUGAUGAAUUUCCAUCUUCUAAAAGACACAAAGAGAGGACAUAAAAAAAGACACAGUUUCAAAGCUAUGCCGUCUGUGAAGACGGUGCCUUGGAUUCAAGGGAAGUCAAAGGUCAGAGCUACAGUCCCUGAGCAGGAACAAGGGUCUGCUUCUGGAGACAGAAAAACCCUCAGGAGAAGUUUCGGCCUGGAGACUUUUCCCAGUGUGAUGCUGUUUAGGACCUGCAUGCAAUCAGAAGACGAGGGUUUCAGUCCUGAAACAGCUUUGUUGGGCAGUCCCUCCAAAGAGCCGUGCAAGACCCCGCAAGAGAAACUAAAAAGAGAUCUGCGUUUGGUUAAUUUCUCGAGGUUCACCAGAGGACCAGAUACAGGCAGCUCUCCUGUGCUCACUGGUGUCGGGAAACUGCAGCUCACACCUUGGAGAAGACGCACUUCACUAAUUUCGGCGAAAUUUGGCAAGAAAAUGAUUCUGAAACACCUUUUCCCGUCGUGUUUGAGAGGCAAGCUUUUAUUUUGGAACCCGGAAAUACAUGUUUUUAUUCUGGCCAGUUUGAGGUCUCGCGCAGUAGGCAGGUCCCACCAUCAGUGCGCGGACACGAUGACAGAAAUGAGCUCGGCGGUGCGGUUACUGUUGAUCGGCCUUCUCCUGUGCCUGCAGCUCGGCAGGGCUCCAGCCCGCAGCCCCCGCACGGCGGACCAGGUGUCUGAGGCCGACAUCCAGCGGCUCCUGCACGGCGUCAUGGAGCAGCUGGGCAUCGCUCGGCCCAGGGUGGAGUACCCCGCACAUCAGGCCACCAACAUCGUCGGGCCUCAGAGCAUACAGGGUGGUGCUCAUGAGGGGCUGCAGCACCUCGGCCCCUUUGGGAACAUCCCCAACAUUGUGGCCGAGCUGACAGGCGACAACGUUCCCAAAGACUUCAGUGAAGAUCACGGAUACCCAGACCCUCCAAACCCCUGUCCCCUGGGAAAGACCGCAGCAGAUGGGUGUUUGGAAAAUGCUCCGGACACAGCCGAGUUCAGCAGAGAGUUUCAAAAACACCAGCACCUAUUUGACCCAGAGCACGACUACCCAGCUCUAGCGAAGUGGAACAAGGAGCUUUUGUACCAGAAACUGAAGGGAGGACCAAAAAGAAGAAAAAGGAGUGUCAACCCAUAUUUGAUGGGCCAGAGGUUGGACAACGUGGUCGCCAAAAAAUCUGUUCCUCACUUCUCCGAAGAAGAGGAGGAAGAGGCACCGACCGUCUCUGCUGCCAGCAAAUCCACAACCUAAACUCUAGCACCUGCAACACUCCCUGUAAUAUGGAAGUACACUCUCAGAUAAAAGCUAUUAACACUACAUAUUUAAGCAUUUUGGUUAACAAGCAAUGGAACACAGUAGAAGUACGGUAAAAUAAGAAAUAGUAAGAAGAGAAAAGUGUUUUAUUGUUUUGCCAACAUAUUAAUAAGGCACAACAUCUGUCUUACAACAUGUGCUCUUAUUUCUAACUUAUGGGACUUUUGCAUUUAAUAAAGCAUCACAAGCCGAGAAGUCCAAGGAGACAAUUUUAGGGCUUUGUUGAAACACAGACACUCGUCUUUUACCUUUAAAUACAUUUUUGAAGUCAAAGCUUCAUAAACAGCAAGCAGGUUGGAAUUUAUGUUGAUUUCAGAAAUGAAUAAUAAAGCUAGCUCAUAGAGGGAAAAUAUACCCCCGAAAAACACUGCAAAUUAUCUUCGACCACUAAUGCUUACACCAUUAAGUAUAAGUGUUAGCGAUGCAGAAAUUGGAAAGAUCCAGUUCCAGCAGACCUACUGUGCAGCACAGUGCUAACUUCAAAAGUGAGCCAGAUAUCUGAUAUAGUGGUAUCUGAUAUAUGAAUAUUUAAGAUCAAAGCCAUGUGAGUCUCAGUUCACGUACACAGACUAGUUUUGAGGCAUAUAGAACAGUCACAUUACCUGAGUUUCAACCAUUUAACCCAAAAUGCUGAAAUACAAUGUGUUAAAAUCUUGACUGGCAGUGUACAGUAUAUCUACAGCUGUAUUAUAAUAAGAGGUUGUACAAAGAUAUAUUGAUUUGGAGAAUCAUAAAGUUAUUAUUACUGUACAGAGAUCAGUUUACGCUGAAGUUUCUGAAGUUUAAUUUUUGUAUGUAUUGAUAUAACCAGUUAAUCACCUUUGUGUCAUUAAGAUUCAAUACAGAUCAUAUUCUUAGAAGUUAAUUGAUACAAAUUGUUGUAGCUUUGCUUUGUCACGUAAGGGAUGACUGUCACUGUAGCAUGAUUAAUAUCUAUUCACGUCACCAUACUGCAGUAAUGAGUCUUUAUGGGCAGCACUGAAUCCGUCCUGAGUCGGUUCAUCUUGACAAAAAUCGUUGUGUUAUUAUAUUUUUUAAGUUGAAUAAACGAUUGUGUGCAUUGACAAA